CCAUGCUCCUAAUGCCUCACAAAACUCGCCGCUUGCCCUUCCCUGUGGGGAGUCGCAGGUGUUGCUACAGCGCGAGCAGGGGAUCCGCUUCUUGUCUUUGCUGCUCGCAUGUCGUCCAGUUCUGCAUGUUCUCCAGCAGUCUUCCCCAGCAGUCUUUCCCCUCGUUCCUGCCUCGCGGCAGCUGCACAACCCGCGACUGUUGGUGCGCAAAGAUGCAGCCUGCAUUGCAAGUCACCCCUUCCCAGCAACAGUGCAGCAUGUGACCUCUGAUGCUUCGGCUCUUGUCGCUGCAAUCGACAAGAGCCGAAGCACUAGCAGCAGCGGCGAGAAGGGACUGGUGUAUCAGUGGGGAGAGGUGUGGCUAAUGAAGCGGCAACACCAACGGGCGCUGUACAGACAGCGCGAACGGCUGUUGCGCUGCUUCUUCUUGGACCUGAACGACAGUUCGGCGGCUUUUGCACUGCCUAUCGAGGCUGGCAUUGACGAGAGCGACGAACCAACAGGUGUUGCGGGAGGAGUGAGUGGCAGCAGCAGCAGCAGCAGCAGUGCAGGGGCGCUUCCCCCCAUCCCCACUCCUUCACAUCCAACUGUCGCUUCAGCAGCAUCCGCAGCAGCAGCAAACUCUGCGCAAGGGCCUAGCCGUGCGCAGCUGCAGAAAAUGCGAAGACGCGCAAAGCAGGAAGUGCUCAAGAUCGACAAGCAACGCAGAAUUGAACUUGUCAAACAAGGCAAAAGUGCUUACGAGUUGAGGGCACUUGCAGCCGCAGAGGAGCUGAGUCGCGAGUUCAGAAUGCGCACGCCGCUGCAGGAGUUUCUGCUGACAGCGGCGGAGUAUGGAGGCGGAAGGCAGCGAGAGUUGCUGCAGCGUUUGAAUGUUUCAUUCGACGCGGAUUUCGUGAAGCGGCAGAUACACCAGAGAGAGCAUGGACAAGCCGCAAGAGGAGCUCCGCUGCUGCACGUGAAGGCAGCACUUCAGCUGUAUGGUGUCUCGCCUGUAGCUGGUCGAAGAGCGCGAGUGGCAAUGCUGAGAUUUCACAGGCCUGAUAUUCGUUCCAGCUUUGCAAAUCCAACUUCGCGCAAACGGGGAGGCGUAUCUGCUGCAGAGAAGCCUUGGAUUGUGCUUCCCCCCGUUGGCAGCGAAGUCUUGCGUCGAAAUUCGGAUGCCUCUUUCGUGGGAGCAGGAGAUACAGUCGACUUUGAGAGCACUGUAGCAGGCAGCAUGCCUUCUCAGGGGGUUAUGGGGGAUUCUCACCCCUCUUUGUGCUUUUAUUCUCCAAAGGAUCUCACGCUGAGCGACGACUGCCCUUUUGUAGUCCUCGAGCACACAGAGCAGCAACCCUUCAUCGUUAACAACCCAGGAAUGUCUUUACGUGUUACUCGAUACGUUCGACCCCUCUCAGCACCACUUCAGGGGUCUGCCGCCAGCGCACAGCCUCAAAUCAAAGCGGAGAGAAUUCGAGCAGAAGAGGAACGGCUGCAGGGCUCAUUGGGUACUUUUGGAGAUUUACGCCUCGUGGAACAAAAUGAGAAGCCUCCAAGUCUCUUUGGAACGGAUAUUCCGCUAGAAAGGGGUGUGUGUGUUGGGCGACUGAGAGGUGCCUCAGGUGAGGGCCAGGCUGUCGUGGAGUGCUCUUUGUUUUCUGCUCUCGUCUUUCCUCAUCCGCAGAAUCCACAGUUUCCUCCUGGGCCAGAAGGGCGCUUUAAUGAUCCUCGGAGAGGCGACUUCCUCCUUAUCCGCAGACGGCACAAAGACGGGUGGAGGGUGAGACAGCUGCAGCCGAAAGUGGAGGUUCCUGCGCCGCAAUCAAAAAAGCUGCUAGACGAACGAAAGCUUCAGUCAAAAGCUUGGGCGCUCAGGUACGUUCGUGAGACGGGAGUCAUGGAGUUGAAGCGUGUCAAGGAGUUGAUGAAAUCUCGUUUUUGUCCCCCAGUGAUAGAGAAGGAAGUGGCUCAGCUACUCAAGCAGCUGUCUCCCAUUGCUCCCCACCGUUUGCCAGUUCUUCCAGAGUCAUCGAUUACUUCUAUCAUCUCUCCAGAAGCUGUGUGUGCCUUGGAGAGUUCCCAUGCCGCCUGGUAUCGCCUUCGCGCAGUAGGCAUCGUCUCCCUGACAACCCCCGACGGGCUCAGUAGCGCAUGCGCAUUCGUGGAGGCGGAAGAGCGAAAGCAGCAGCAAGCAGCAGCUGCUGCACGUCGACGGCUCAGGCAGCUGCAGCUGCAGCAGCAGCAGCGGCGAGAAGCUCUUGGCCUCUCAAACGCUGGAGUAGCGGAGGCAGCUGCGGCGGAAAAGCAGCAGCUGCAGCAGCUUUUCAUGCAGUUCUCAAACAGCAGAGCUGGUCGCCGUUACUCUCCGCUCAUCCGUUUUAUCGAGGAACUGCUUCUCUCCGUGCCGUGGCAAACAACGAAGGAAUGUCGAGAAGUGCUGCAAAACAAAGGCUCGGCUCAAUUUCUGCUGACUGGCUUUGGAGAUCCCUCCUGCGGGAGGGGAGAAGGCAUCACUCUCUUGAAGCGCGGCAGCAGGAUUCGCAACAGCAACAAUCCUCUCGCAGUGCAACAAGCGACUCGGAGGCAAGCGGCAGGUGGCAUUGCGGGCACAGUCGAUGAUCUUCGGAAACUUGGAAUGAUGGAGUUAAGGGCGAGACUGCUCCAGUAUGGGCUCAGCGACGCAGUCAUUAGAACACUUCCGAGAUGGGAUCAAGUUGCGCUUGUUCGCCAAUAUCGCGACGGAUUUGGUGCUGAGGAAAGCAGCGGCAAGGGAAAUAGAGGAGCUGGAACGCGUCUUCCAGCAGAAGAGUAUGAAGCAAAGCUGGCGAGCAUCCUCAAGAGGCAGCAAGCUGCCCUCCGAGCUGAUCUGCCCGUUGUUACAGACACAGAAGAUGAGAUGCAGACUCCUCCUUUGCAGCUGCAGCAACUCACGGAUGGUGCGAGUACUGCAGCAGCUGGACCAAACCCACACCAGCAGCUCGGAGCAGGCGAAGACGUCGCUGAUGCGCUGUUUGCUGGGUGUGAGGAUUCGGAUCAUGAGCAAGCCGACGAGGCAGAAUUAGAAAUGCGAGAACUGCAGGUUCUUAGAGACCGUCAAGAAGCUCGCAGCCAGCGUCCCCUCACGCAGGAAGAACAACUGAGGGCAGAAGCGACGGUGAGAGCUGUGCCGUGCCUGAGGUGGACACGGAAGAGACGGCAGCAAGUUGGAGAUUCUUUUACGGCAGACCGUUGCAUUUUGAUCUACGGCGCUGAGAACAUCAAGGCGUUCCUCGCGUGGAGAGAUCAGCGACUUGAGAAGAAACGACAGCACCAGAUGAGCGCAGUGCACACCAAGGAGGCGCUUGCGGGGAAAAGGGUGUGUAGAGCUUGUGGAAGGCCAGGGCAUAUCGCCUCCAAUGUGAAUUGUCCUCUGUACAGAGGUCCAAAGCGUUUGGGGUCGACGCUGACAGAGCCGAUGGUGGUGAAGAAGAAGAAGCGUCGAGGCUUUGGGAACGACUUGGAUCUGCUGUUGACAGCUGAGCCAGGUUUAGAAGGGGGAGGUUCUCUCUGCAGCGCGAGCGCGGGGGGGGUUCCCCUUUCUCCCUCAGGCCGACCUCGUCGUGGCGAGAGUACCUUGGCAAUGGCUGCUGGAGGAGGCAGUAGCGAGAGCAGCGAAGAAGACAGCGGCGAUGAAGAGGGCAUCGUUCGGGGAGGCGCGGGAGGAGACUCAGGGGGGGAUGCUGCUUUCGACAGUGCCUUUGAGGAUGAACCUUACUCCGAAGAGGAGUUCGAGGGUGUCAGCAAGGCACCUAAAAGCACCCUUUCUAGGUCGAGUCGAUCUCUGACAACUCGAAAGCGAAGCAAACCAGGAGGAGGAGGAGGCGCAGCAGAUGGAGAUCGCCUGGCAAACUCGCAGCAACCCCUCGAUGCUCUCAACGUGGCAUUCGCCAGAGUCGUCAACUUGCUGCUGCAGCAACAGUCUCUUAAGCCGUUCGUAAGCCGCGUAGAUGAUCGUGUGGCCCCUGGAUAUUCCGUGAUCGUCAAGAAGCCGAUGUUUCUGCGAAAGAUUCUUUCCAAAUGCAGGGAGAGACAGUACACUUCUGUGGCUGCCUUCAAGGCAGACAUCGACCUCAUCGUGUCCAACUGCUUCCUCUUCAAUCCUCCUGGAUCGCCUUCAGCGUGGCUUCGGGAUAGGGCUCUACAACUACAGCAACUGGCGAUGCAGCGUGUGGCAGAUCAGCCUCAAAUUGCAAUGUACGAGGCAGCCAUGGCGCAGACCGCUUACCAGGUGCAGCAGCAGCAACAACCGCACUGUGGUGGUUUCGGGAUAUACGACGACUAA